AUGUCGACCGCGUCUCAAAAUCAUUUGGAGGCGCCACAUGAAGAAGCCUCUGUCAUGUUUGCAAAGGAAAAUCCGCUCCAUGGCAUAGGCGUAGAGCAAACCAUUCAGCAUCCGGAUAUAAAUCUCAAGGAGCCAUCAAAGAGAAUACCAGUGGGGCCAAAAAAUAGUACUCCCUCAUACAGAGGGGUGCCCAAUCCGAAGCAAGCAGAAACCGGAGGAGUGAGGCCGUUGGCCCCUGUGGCUCCGAAAUCGCCUGUUCCUGAGUUCGAGAAUGAAUUCCUACAUCUGAAGCAAAAUGAAGUUGAAGAUCUUCGUGAAUGGCUCGAUUUCACUGGCUACUAUGACGUGGAAUAUCGUUCUAAGAGCUUACGUCGCCGCAGGCGUCUGGCUGCCCUGGAGCAGGAGAGAAUUGAGUUAAUGGAAGAAGAACAGUAUGAACGUGAAACACUGGGAAAGCGCGGUGAUGCAUCCUUUCUUCCAAAGCAUAAAACAAGUGACGCUCGCCAGCAGACUGAUAAUGCGCAUGUGACUUCUCAUCCUGAAUCACCUAAUUCAAUACCUCAGGGGCCGUUGCAUAUGUUAAGAAGUUCUGGAACUUUCAACACGGCAGCUUCUUCGAACUCCAACUCUGCAAGUACGAGGGAUCAGGGCCCCGGCUCUCCCACUGGCCCGUUUGUACACCCAUCGAGAGAGUCACAAAUGAAGCGUUCUGCUUCCCUUACUCGUUCGCCUCAAGGGCAGUCAGCAAAGAAACCCCGGGUAGAAAUCUGGGAGACAAAUGCCGACCACCAAGAUGAUGAUACACGUACCCCGAAGGAAUCGUGCCAAGAUUUCCGCCGAGAAGAUCCCAAUAGUACAUCACACGGGCUGAACAGCCGGGGAGAUGCACCAAGCUCUAGGGGUCAUAAAAUGGGCAGUCUCAGCCGCGGUCGUGGCAUAACGCAACCUCGUGGCAGAGGUUCAUCUAGAUACUUCGAUUUUGCCGCUAGGGAGCCCCCAAAUAACGAAGCGAGAUUCUUUAUGAUAAAGAGUCAUACGCUUGAAACAGUGACAGCAUCUCAAACAGAGGGUGCUUGGGUAACGCAAAGGAAGAAUGUGGAAAAGUUGACGGAUGCUUUCAAUUCUUGCCGCCAUGUCAUUUUGUUCUUCUCUGUUAAUCAAAGCAAGGCGUUCCAAGGCUAUGCCCUCAUGGAGAGUCUUCCAGGAGAUCCAGGUGUCUCUGUGCCAAAACUGGCAGAAACUUAUGAGUGGGAAGCCAGCCCGCCCUUCAAAGUCAGAUGGCUCAACACAGCUGUGACCUACUUCAAAAACGUUUCUCACUUGACAAAUGCCUACAAUGAAAAUGCAGUGGUCUUAGUUGGCCGUGAUGGUCAGGAGAUUGAGCCGCACUGUGGUCUCGAACUCUGUCAGGUUCUUGACCGGUUUACGCAUAUAAACCAAUGA